CUUGAGCGCCUAGUGUACUCUCUGAUAAAUCUGCUUGCAGUUGUGCGCAAAAGUCAUUUGAACUAGGCACGCGGCGCCUCCCCUUCCACUCGUUUCUUUCUCUUGCCUUGGAUAGCGUUUUCUUCGAGGAAUGUCGCAAGUGAAGAUCGCACUUCAGCCACCUCCAAAUGUCGAUUUUGUCGUUGGCUAUCCCGGCAUACCUCCGGCUGCCAAAGAUCGUCCUCAGGCAGCAGUUAAAGGUGCCGUCGAAGUGCGCGUGGGGCCCCAGGGCGUCAAAGCAAAAUGGGUCCGUGUCGAGCUCAAGAAGAUCGAGACACUCCCUGGCGGUGGCCAAACGAACUCCUACUUCGACUUUGUUGGCUCAAGUCCGUUAAAUCUAUGGCAGUCAAGUGAAGAAUAUGGGUUACUGCAGUCAGUGAGUGGUGUAGCCUGUGUAAAUACGUCGGGGGCUGAGAGCCGGCGACAGCAAGACCUCCCGUUUCAUAUUCGUAUUCCUGAGUCUAUCCCGCCAAGCAUUGCCCUUGAAAGAGGCGCUGGCAUCCGCUAUGAACUUGUCGCGACUGUUUGUACUCUUGGGAAAAAAGGUUUCUUCCGCCGCCGUAAAACUGUUGUAACAUCCCAAGCCACGACUAUCAUUAUCGAUAAGCACGAACUCCACUCAACGUGGCCUGUAUAUGCGCAAACAGAUACACGCUCGGUCACCCAAGAUGGCGUACACCUCACAGCGGAGCGCCAACGAACAUGCUUUGGACCAGGCGACCGUGUAUCUGUCAUGGCUAUCCUUAAAUCCGACUCAGUGCAUCCAGUUGUCCUCCGUGGAUUCGAGUUUUCUCUCAAGGAAACAACCAUAUUCCGUGCUGGAACUCAGGCUGGUGGUACUAGCAAGCGCAGUGGUCCGCAGGUCAAAGUUGGGCUUGUUGGCGAGCAAAAGGUUCCCCUCAAUGUCACGUUGUUUGGUGGCAUGCAGCACAAGGCAGAAGUCGGGUGUUUGAUCCCGAAUACACACACCACUACCACGCUCAACGCUGCGAGGCAUAUUGAUAUAACAUAUGCGAUCGUAGUCAAAGCGUGGUUUGGUUCGAUGCAGGCGGUUACAAUGGAGCUUCCUGUCAUCGUCUCGAAUUGGCCAAGGAGUGUGUCCGAGGAAGCCAUUAGGCGUAUCGGUGUUGCCCCCAGCCUUUGUAUGACUACCCCGUCAAGCAAUGCACCAACCGGCCCCACACCCACUCGCCCUCUCACCGGCAACUCACAGACGUCCGACUACAACUCCUCCGCUCAGGGGCAUGGGCGCAAUCCCCUGACGCCUCCGGCCUCAUCCAUCCAGUACAAUACCGCUCCCAGCGCUCAGAAUGGCGACAACCAGCAUGAUGAUCUUGAAGUGGACGAGCUCGGCGCUCUUCAGAGCCGCCAGUCGCGUGUGCCAGGCACAGUAGAUCAUCCAGGCUACGGGUUGCCAGCGCCAAAUCCCAUGGGCAGUAUUCAGGAGCACAGCGCCGCUGCCGCGCGUCCUGUCGGUGGCUCGGGUCGCAGACGGCGUGGAUCAGCCACUGCUGUAGGGACACAGAACCGCUUCACAAUCACUAAUAUCAGUGAUCGGGAUGCAGAGGUACGGGAGGCUGUGGAACAAGCACAGAUGGCUGCAAGACAGCAGCAGCCGACGUCGCCGACUAGGGGUCAACGUGGUUGGCUCACUGCCGAGGAGGAAAAGAAGAAGUUGUAUGAGAGUGCGAGGGCUAAGGUUGAGCAGGUCCAAGGUAGUGCUGCCAUGGCCCCACAAUCCAGUACCAGUGAAACAUCCCCACAGCCGAAAGGCUCCCCUUCGUUCCGUGCUGCCUGGCCAACAGCAGAAGAAGAGAAAGUCCGUCUGUUCGACAAAGCUCAAGCCACUGCCAAACGCACUCAAGCACUUGGCGCCAACUCAGGCCACAGCCGAGAGAGUUCAGAAACUAACGGCUCUCCCGGAAUCUCGAAACCGUCUCGCAGCGUCAGUGCUAGUAUGUCCGCAGGUGCCGCCCUCUACCAACACGCGGUAUCCUCCAUGAAUAAGAACCCCACGAGUGACACGAGCCCCAAUGCUAGCGCGAAUGUCAGCCCCGCGCGCUCUCCCCACCCACCGUCACCACCUGCUUCGAGUUCCUCCAAGAUCGUUCCACACUACCCGUCCGCCGAAGAGGAGAAGGCUGCAUUGCAGCGAUACCAUCAGGCCAAGCUUGCCGUCGACCGGAGCCAGAACACUCAGUACGCGACUCGCGAAGGAAUCUCGUCGUCGUCAGCACCCGUCGCCUACGAUACUCUCUACCCCUCAUCCAGCAUAUCUCGGAGCGCAUCCUACGGUGCACAGCCAAGUGGGUCUGAUAUGCCUCCGCCUUUUGAUGGGCCGAAUGGCCAACCACAAUAUCUGAAUGAAAAAGAGAAGCUGAGGAGACACCACGAGGCACAGGAUGCGGCCGCCUUGGCUGCACAAAGUUCGUCUGCUCCUUUGGACACGUCACCCUCAUACACCGCCUCCCCAUCAUACUUCCCACCUGGACAAUUAGCUGAAACUAGCGGUCUGUCAGAGAAGGAACUACUCCGGCGAAGGUUUGAGGAACAAGACGCAGCGGCACUUGCCCAGCAGCAGCCUCACUCUCCCCCUCCACGGGCCGUCAAUGGCUCACGCCUUCCACCUCCCCCCGUUCCAUCGUCUGUGAGUGGCUCCAGACCACUGACUGCAGCCGAGGAGAAGGCACAGCUGCGUGCCAAAUACGCUGCCGAGGAGCAACAGGCCAAUGGCAACGGAUCUGCGUCUGCAUCAGGCUUCGUUUCUCACCACCCACCGCCAUCGAGUGCCGUUCCCUCGUACCCGCCCCCUCCACCACCACUCAUGCCGCGUCCGCCCGCCGAGUAUAUUCAGGAAACACAGGAGGAGGACGCUCGCGUGCGGUAUUACGACAGCAUAAGCAUGGGAAUUGAUAAUUCGCCUAUGCGGGUUGGGUCCCCGCUGGUGAAACCUGGGAUACAGCUCGACAUCCGCCCGUUCACGCCGUUCAGCGUUGGGCUGUAUGACCCUAGCAGUCCCGCAGCACAGCGGCUUCCACCACCUCCCUUGCCGCCGCAGAAUUGAUUUCUACUUGGAGUUAUGACCAUCUCAACGUUCUAUUUCUUGGAUAUUAUUGCGAGCUAUUAAUUCAUUUUCCUGAUUCUUCCCGAUUGUGCCACUGACAAGUCGGUCAGUGUAUUUCUGUCUAUCGUUAC